UAAAAUUUUUGAAGUUGUAUUUUAUAAAUAUGUCACGGCUCUUGAAAAUAUGUAUUCUUCCACUCUUAGCAUUAGGAGAGGAAUUGGGUUGUGUAAUUGCCAAUUCAACCAUUGCAACUCCCCCUGCGUUUUACCAUAAGGGCUUUUCCCCAUAAUAAUGUUACAACUAUUUAAAACACACAUCCACGACCAUCCUCGUCCACAAGCCCCAAAACCUCAGCUGGAAAAUGACCCGUUUAACAGACUAUAGUUCUCCCAGGAAGAUGAUGACAAUAGCAUCAGACACACUGUUUCUUUACCCAGCCACAUGAUAGUCUUACCAUGUGGCUGGAAGCACUGUUAAGAGCAUCCUUUUCAAUCACCCCUAGGCCCAAUAAUCUUGCUAGCUUGCUGCCCUCCAGCUCAUGGCAGAUAAAGAAUAAGGUCCUGCUGCUUAACUCAGACCACAUACAAGCCUUCCAUCAGAAUCUCUGAUUACUCCUCUUCCUCUUGUACUCCUACCAGUGUAUUCACCCAGUCCCCGGCAGGAGCUCCAAUGUCCCCUCUUCAAUGGCUAAAGGGAGGCCUCCAACCUUCCUUGCUCUUUGCUUUCGUUUUCCUAGCAGUGGUGCUGAAAUUUCUAACAAAGGAUAAAUCAAGGAAAAGAAAGCUCAAUCUCCCACCAAGCCCUCCAAAGGUGCCGAUCAUUGGCAACCUCCACCAGCUUGGGAACAUGCCCCACCUCUCCCUCUACCGUCUCGCCCAGAAGUUUGGGCCCAUAAUCCACUUAAAACUAGGCGAGGUCCCAACAGUGGUGGUUUCAUCGGCUAGAGUGGCAAAGGAAGUCCUGAAAACCCAUGAUCUUGCACUUUCAAGCCGCCCCCAGAUCUUCUCGGCCAAGCACCUGUUCUAUGGUUGCACCGAUGUUGUCUUCUCCCCCUACAGCGCUUACUGGCGGCACAUACGGAAAAUUUGCAUACUUGAGCUACUGAGUACCAAACGGGUUCAAUCAUAUAGCUUUGUAAGAGAAGAAGAAGCUGCUUGCCUGGUUAGACGGGUGGCAGAGAGUUAUCCUGGCACCACCAAUCUAACAAAGUUGCUUGGGCUGUAUGCCAAUGAUGUUCUUUGCCGGGUUGCAUUCGGGAGGGAUUUCUCUAAUGGAGGGGACUAUGAUCGGCAUGGGUUCCAGAAUAUGCUAGAGGAGUAUCAAGAAUUACUUGGAGGGUUCAGCAUUGGAGACUUCUUCCCCUCUAAGGAAUUUGUGCACACCUUAACAGGCAUGAAAUCAAGACUCCAGAACACCUUUCAGCGCUUUGAUCAGUUUUUUGAUGAGGUGAUAAGGGACCAUCUGGAUCCUAAAAGGGAGAAAGAAGAGCACAAGGACCUUGUGGAUGUCUUGCUUGACAUACAGAAGAGUGGAUCCACAGACAUGCCUCUUACCAUGGACAAUGUUAAGGCCAUUAUUUUGGACAUGUUUGCUGCUGGAACUGAUACAAACUUCAUUACUCUUGAUUGGGGAAUGACUGAGCUCAUCAUGCACCCUGAAGUCAUGGAAAGAGCACAAGCUGAAGUAAGAAAUGUCGUAGGGGAGCAAAGAGCCGUGUUGGAGAGUGAUCUGCUUCAACUGCAUUACAUGAAAGCUGUCAUCAAGGAAACCUUCCGAUUGCAUCCACCUGCACCAGUAUUAGUUCCUAGAGAAUCCAUGGAAGACAUUACCAUUGAUGGUUAUGAUGUUCCAGCAAAAACUCGGUUCUUUGUCAAUGCCUGGGCAAUAGGAAGAGACUCAGAGUCAUGGGAAAAUCCAGAAAUAUUUGAGCCAGAAAGAUUCAUGAAUAGCAGUAUUGAUUUUAAGGGCCAGGAUUUUGAGCUGAUACCUUUUGGUGCUGGCAGAAGAGGUUGCCCAGCUAUUGCAUUUGCGACAGCCAGUGUUGAGCUUGCUCUCGCUCAACUUCUUCACAGCUUCGAUUGGGAGCUUCCUCCUGGUAUCCAAGCUCAAGAUUUGGAUAUGACAGAAGUGUUUGGCAUCACAAUGCACAGGAUAUCCGAUCUGAUUGUUGUUGCCAAACCACGUUUUAGUCAUUCAUUCUAGUCUCUCCAUUACAGAAAGCUUGAAGAAGAGGCAAAACAUAGAUUGUACUGUCUGUUGGCUGAUUUACUAGUUAAAAGCAAGUAAUGAAUUAACAGAUAUGAGGUAGCCACGAAUGUAAAUACCCAAUAAAUUUAUAGAUCUUGACACCACACACCUCAAGUCGUGUUGUCAUGUGUGCAGUUGGCUUCAGGACAUCAGAACCAGCAAGAAUGUUAGUAAUUCUCAGAAAUUUAGUGUACUUUAGAUCCCUUAAUUUCUCAACCAGAGAGAGAGAGAGCUUGGAAUGGAAAAAUGUACAUCUUAGAUGAUGCAAACUUACAAGGCAGUAGAAAUCAAAGAAAAAAGAAUUAAAUUCUAAACA